UGUACGCGUAAAAACGCCCCCAAAGUCAUACUUCGAUAUAGGAAAAACACGGUUAAAGUACCAAUGAUUUUUCUACUAGUUCAUGCAUGCAUACUACCUAAUACUGGUCUGAAACAAUCACCAGUGAUGGCUCUGUACAAUACCUUAUUAUCGAAUGCUCAUCUUCAUUUUUCAAUCUUCUUGUUCAUCGGUACAAUAUUAUCAGUUUUUCCUAAUACCACAGCAAAACCAAUCUCCUUCGCCUUUCCAAGUACCCCAAACAAAGAUAACGAAUUGAUACAUCUCCAAGGCGAUUCAGUUUUAGCCGAUAACACCAUUCAACUCACUAUAAAUGCAACCACUGGAAGUGUUGGACGUGCAACUUAUUCAAAGCGGAUUAAAAUGUGGGAUGCAACUACUAAAACGGUUGCAGAUUUUUCCACGCACUUCUCCUUCGUCGUAGAUACCAAAAAUAAUACUAAUUCUAAUCAUGUUGAUGGUAUCGCUUUUUUCCUAAUGCCUUACCCAUCUGAAAUUCCUCCAGAUUUGGGCGGUGGAUAUCUUGGCUUAAUGAGUUCGAAUAUUACCCAAAGCGACCAGCAAAUUGUCGUGGUGGAGUUCGACACUUAUCAGAAUUCAUGGGAUACAAGUCCAGAUCAUGUUGGUAUCAACAUUAAUAACUCAAUAAUGUCUGUGGCCAGUGAGUCAUUAUAUACAAAUAGUAUGAAGAAUGGAGCCAUAGCUAAUGCAUCCAUAAGUUAUAAUUCAACUACCAAAAUCUUAGAUGUUACUCUAACUUAUAAUCAUUCUACUGGUACGAUUUCUGCAAGUUUGCAUCAUAAUGUUGAUCUAAGAACAGUUCUACCAGAAAAUAUCAGGGUUGGGUUUUCGGCGGCUAGUACUGGCACGGUGUUCAGUUGUCAGAAAAUCCUUUCCUGGGAGUUCAGGUCAAAUAUUCAAAAAAGAAGCAGAGUCCUCAGCUCGGAAUUGAUUGUGGGUCUUAUUGUUGGUUUGGACGUUUUUGGUUGUUUGAUUGGUUUUACUAUAUUUAUCUGGUGGAGAAGAAAGAGGCGCCUAGCAAGGAAGUCAGAUCUUGAUGCAGCAAAUUCUGAUGGGGCUAUGGACGAUGCAUUUGAGGAAGGAGCAGGACCGAAGAGGUUCUUAUACAGCGAACUUGUUUAUGCGACAAAUAAUUUCCAUGAGGCAGGGAAACUUGGAGAGGGAGGAUUUGGAGGCGUUUACAGAGGGUUCUUGAGUGGUAUAGGCUUGGAUAUCGCUGUUAAGAGGAUAUCAAAAGGAUCACAACAAGGGAAAAGAGAAUAUCAAUCAGAAGUAAGGAUUAUUAGCCAGUUACGACAUAGAAAUUUGGUUCAGCUCUUAGGUUGGAGCCACGAGCGAAAUGAAUUGCUUCUUGUAUAUGAAUUUAUGCCAAACCAGAGCCUUGAUAAGCAUCUUUUUUGUGGGGUUAAUGUUCUAACUUGGGAUGUCAGGUACAAAAUAGCACUUGGUUUAGCUUCUGCACUGCUAUAUCUACACGAAUUAUGGGAACAAUGUGUACUUCACAGAGAUAUUAAAGCAAGUAAUGUAAUGUUGGAUUCAGAUUAUAAUGCUAAACUCGGCGACUUCGGUCUAGCACGGCUGGUUGAUCAUCAAUUAGGUUCUCAAACAACAGUGUUGGCUGGAACCAUGGGUUACUUAGCACCAGAAUGUAUAUAUACAAGUAAAUCAAGUAAGGAGUCUGAUGUUUAUAGUUUCGGAAUCGUUGCAUUGGAGAUUGCUUGUGGAAGGAAGCCGGUUGAACAAAACAAGGAAAACCUAGUAGACUGCGUUUGGGAGCUCUACGCAAAUGGAAAGAUUGUUGAAGCAGCCGACGGAAGACUAAAUAUGGAUUUCGACAUGCAACAAAUGGAACGUUUGUUGGUUUUAGGAUUAUGGUGUGCUCAUCCUGAUCCUACAACUAGGCCAACCAUUAGGCAAGUGAAGAAUCUUCUUAAUUACGAAUCCUCAUUGGUGAAUCUUCCGACAAAGUUGCCUUCUCCGGUGUAUGAUUAUGCACCACGACUGCAAAUGUGCAAGCUUGCUUUUGCUUCAUCUUGUGGUGAUUACUCGCACUCGCAAACAAAUGGUAGUCAAUGUAGAUGCAGUAGCUGUUCGAAUGCCGGUUUGUCUCAGUCAUCGACAAAGCCUUCUUUUUAUUCUUCCUCGUCAGACUCUCUCGUACAUUCCUGUAAAAUAUGAUGGAUACAUGUUAUUGUUUUAUACUCAUUGUAUUUUGUAAAAUUUUACUAUAGACUCUUGUGUGUUCUAAAUUCCCUGUAUUUUAUAAAAGAUUUAGUAAUAAAUAUAGACUCCGAUUUAUUUA